AUGAUUUCACGUGUCAGCGUGCCCGGCCAGGUGGCACUGGGCCUCCCGUGCUUUUCCAGACCCCGCAGCAGGGAGAACGCCGGCUCCCAUGUCGUGAGCCCUUUCCCGGGUUCCCGGCGAGACAACACGUUUUCUCUGGAACUGCACUAUGGCUCCCGCCCCGGCCGCAGCAGCGCCAGCGGCCCCCGCGGUGGCGACCCCGACACCGGCGCUGCUCCCGCUCCUCGCGGCGAACCGCGCAACCACCUCCGCUCCAGGACACGCGCGAGGGAGCCGCUCGCGGGCAGCGGCUCCGGGCGAGCGGCCGGGCGGCCCCGGCCCGGGCGGCGGCGGCACCGGGCGCGGCUGCAGGCUGCGCGCGGCGCGCGGGCCCCCCUCGCGUCCCCCCGCGCUCCUCCGCCAGCACCAUCGGCACCGAAUGGCAACGGCGCGCCCGGCACGGGCAGGGCGUGCGCCAGCCGCGGGCCCGGCUGCGCCGCCGGCGGGCGGGGGCGGAGGGCCGGGCCGCUCGCCCCGGGCCGGGCCGGGCGAACCGAAGCGCGGCGGCCGCGCCGGGCCGGCCGCACGUCCCCGCGGGCCCGGGCGCGGCGGCGCGCAUGCCCGGCGCGGCUCCGUGAAGGUCAGCCGUGGCCUAGCGGGGACGCGCGGGCGGGGACGGCCGGACGCGGGGAGGGAGCGGCCUUAACCCUUCCCGCGCCGGGCCCGGGCCCGGCCCCGCCCGCUGCGCGGGCCGAGCUGCGGGGCUCGGGGGGAGCCGGGGCCGCGGCGGGGCCGUUCCGGGGCUGCUCGGGCCGGGGCGGCUCCGCCCGCCUGCGCCCCGCGGGGACGGCGCUCGGUGCCGCGGCGCUGCCCGGGCUGGAGGCGCAAGACAAAGCGAAUCGGGCGCUUCGCAGGCGUUUUGCGAGUGCCGUGACAAACUGGCUUGUCGGGGGCACCGAGGACGCGGCGAGCGGCCGCAGACCGGGCCCGGCCCGGGGCGGGCGGGACGCGCCUGGCCCGCGGCUCUUUGUCCGCAGCCGGGGCCGCAGCGCGCGUCGGGAGGCUGCGGGCUUCUCGGUUUUCUGAGCGGGUAAAGCAACGAGCUGCAGUUGCUCCCGUCUCCGUCACUAGCGGGCUUAUCACGUUCUGGAGCAGGAGGAUACGUUGAGUGUUACCGAAUUUCAAUUUAAUACCAUACGACAUGUGUUGUAUUCUAUCUGGCUGCUCUUAACAGGCAUUACAUGAAGAGAUUUCCUGAAAAGAACAUCAAAUUACAAGGUGAGUAAAGACGUACAUGGAGGUGCUAUUUGCCUUCAAGAGCCCUGGUUUCCCUUACCAAGUUUUCACUGAAGUCAGCAGCGCUCUGCUCACAGAAACUUAAAAUAUCCUCCAUGGUUUUGGAAUUGAUGGAAUAUGGGAUUGAAAACAUACUGAAAAAUGGACAGAAAAUAUCCCGAGAUUGAGGGUCUGCUUGUUGUAAAGAAAUGACCACUUGUUCCUGCGUUCAGAAUCAUUCAAUGUUCUCAUUAACAAUAUGGACAAGGAACUAGAGAACGUGCCUAUCAGACUUCCUAGCAAACAGGGUUUGGAGGGUUACAGGUCUGCUAGGAGAGAAUUAAAAUCCUGACAGGCUGCAGAUGUGAUUUGGAAAAACAAGACAUCAUUCAAUCAGAAAUAGGGUGAGAUUCCACAUCAAGAUAGAGAUCAACAACUACACAAAUACAAGACGGAGAACGACUGGCUGAAGAGUACUUUUUUCCAGAAGAAACAUUUGGGGCUAUGACAGAUGAUGGAGUUACCGGUGCUGCGCUGGCACAGAACACGCAGAGCCGAGCGCUGCCCCGCGGCCCCUCCCCGUCCACGCUUUGUCACCCCGGGGCAGGCCCGGCUGGCGCGCCCUGGGGCUGCGGAGCUGCACUCUGCCAGCCUUGCUGAGGAGCCGCUCCGCAGCAACCCCUCUGUCCUACAAACCGUGAACGGCUCCGCCGCGCCGUCCCUUGCCGCGUGGGGCUCUGCGCUUCAGCCGAGGCGUGUGGGACACACAGCGUGGGUCAGGGACAACAGCGGGCGUGGCGGGGACUGCAAAGCCCCAAAAGAGAAAAUAACACUGUCCAGCUGUCCAAGGGCGGCUGCAAAUACAGGCCGCAAAUACAGUCCCCACACAUGGAGGACCAGAAAUCAUGGACUGAAACGUCUGCCAGGAAGAUUUGCGUUGGGUAUUACGGAAGAAAGUCGAGGUGUUCUGUACGGCAAGGGUGGGAACCUCCAUCCCGAAGGUCUUCCAGGAGCGGGUCAGGCAAGCAGAGCGAUGGAUGCUGACCGGGCGGGACAAGGGACGGGCUGGUCCCCAGAGGCUCCUUUCCCUUCCUUCCCUAUGGAAGCUGUAUGGCAUUUCAGAAGGCAAAGAUAAGGCUUUCUUCAAUCCAGAGAGUUUUCCCUGGCAGGUUUCACAGAUCUUAUGCAAACAAAUUAAAAAGGUCCCUUAUUUUUUUUUUUUGAAAAAAUACCUAUCCGAUUGCUACAACAAAGCGAGAGUACGGAAUCGCACACACAGAUGGCUGCCAGUUGCAUCUGAGACCUCCAAGUAUCGCACCGCUUUUAUACCGUGGCUUCUCUCUCCGUGACUUACGUAUCCUCAGCUACCGUCUCGCAUCACUGCUUUGUGGACAUACCUUUUGAGGUCAGGCCUUUCCACUAACGGCUUUUAAAAUCUAUCUGCAAUGAAGAAAUACCAUGGGCAACUUGUAGCAAGCAUAAAGAAAACUUGAAACAAAGGCAAAAAAAGAAUAAAUGAAGGCAAGGAAAAGCAUUUGUGUCUGUCUCCAGAGCUUCCAAACAUUAUUCUGCAGAAGCAGUAAAAUCUACCGCCCCCCAGUCCGAAGAGCGUAUGGUGAUGCUGCCGGGUGAUCAGAGCGAUGGCGCUGGGGCGUGCUGGGUAAGGGGAUGCACCUGCUGUUAGUGACGGACAGAACGCGGACGGGGACAGCUGGGUUAGCGAGUCCAGUCCUGUAUGAUCAACAGCAAACAUGUCACGUGACCCUUCCAGACACAAAUUUAUUGCACAGCACUUCAAACUUUGGUGUUCCUGUGGGACAGCUGCUAAAACCAGAGUUCUUUGAAUGACCGUCUUAUUUUAGUACAUGGGUCUCUUCCAACCAAAAUGAUUCUGUGAUUCUAUAUCUUGCUGUUCCCAUUUACUCUUUUACCAACAUUGCCCUUAAUGGUUUUUCUUUGUGUCUGAUGUUUCUGCUUCGGAGCACUUAUACAUCGCAGUCAUACCCGCACUCACUCCUUUGUCAGGUCAAACAAUCAAAACCUGCUGCUCGGUCUCUUUAAAGCUGAUUGCCCAGUUCUCAUCGUUUCCUCGGCCCUUCCCGAGUCCGCCCCAGUCAACCGGCCCAGAACAGGGCAGACAGAACCCAGCCCCGGUCCCCCGGAGGCCACGUCCUGUGUGGCGCUGAUCCUCCUCCCGCCGGCAGAAACCCCAACAGCCGCGCGUUUCUCCACGCCCGCACAGCGGCAGCGACAGCCCCACGUUCUGCGCGUGGGCGACGUCCGUCGCUCAGCCGCCGCCACCGCAGCAGCCGCGGCGUACGGGGCCGGUUCCCGCGACGCGUCACGCCCGCGCGCGGCGCCGUCCUCACAGGUCGCCCCCGUCCUGCUCGUGGGGGCUUCGGAACCUCCCAGUUCUUGCCACGUACCUCAUCUCUUCUGCUUCAAAUCUACUCACUACACUUGCUAUUUUUGUGCCGUGGGCAUUACUGAAAAUACUAAAUGACACAAAUCUCAUGGCAAAUUGUGAGGAAACCGCAAAGUUCUUGUGUCGUCUUUGCUGAGCUCCUCACCUACCUCGCAAUUCUUCUGCUACCUGAAUUUUCAGACAGCAUUGAAUCAAAGGCGUCACUGACGUCUACAUGAAGACGACACACGCUGUUUCCUUUAAGUAGAAAAUCAGCUGAGGAAGACAACGGGUUAGCAAACUGACGCUGCUUUUUUAUACCACCUGCACCCUCCUCAUGCUCCGUUAUCUUCUCCUUUAAAAAUCAUUCUUGAGCCUUGCCUGUACUCAGAAUCAGACUAAUACAACUGCCUGCAGUAUUCCUGCCCCUUCGUAUUAUAGGAAAAGCAGCAAGAUGUCCUGUUUCUUUAUCAGGAAAAAAGAAAAUAAGCCCUUUUUGAUGAAUAAUGCUAGGGAUUACAUCCCGCUCUCACUGAAAAUCACUUCAAAAGUAUCUGUAGUUAAGCAGAUCAACAAUAAGUAAAUACUAACCGAAAGACGUGCUAACAGGCAAAGCUGCAUAAGAACCGAGACACAGCCUCAGAAAGCACCGGCGGCCGGGACGAAGCCCGUAACCAAGGAAGGAAACAGAGCGGUGUUGGCACGGCUGUGCAAUGGACCCACCUCCCGUCCCACCGAACCGGGGCACAAUCCGCGGCUGAAUAAAGGCCCAUCAGACUCGGAGCACUUGAACCGAGCAACCGGUAACGCCGGUGGUCACGAACCGGCACCGCCAGGCCGGCCCCAGCGCCCUCCAGGUUCCUUCGUUUUUAUUUGGCAGCAUAAUCACAACAAUUACAAACUAAUUACCCUCCCAAAAGUCAAAGUUAAUCGCAAACAGUAUAUAAUCACAGCAAACAUCAUGAUCUUGGAAAACGGCAGCCAACUGGGAAACGGCAAAUGUAAUUAAAUGCAAUGUAGUAAAACAUAAUUAUAUGCCUGAAAUUCUUACCGUGAGCACGAGUUGUAUGUAACUGCCAGGAAAAUAAAAAUUACUGAAAGGUUAUAAACAAAGGUUGUAAACAAAUGACAAAAAUAAGUGGAAGGGAAGUGGCUACUAAGGACACCCAGCGCCACGGGCCCGCUGGUCCUGAGCCGCCACACCCAGCGCCACGGGCCCGCUGGUCCUGAGCCGCCACACCCAGCGCCACGGGCCCGCUGGU